GGCCAGUUGAUGCUCGCCACUACCACUGCCACUGGACCCGUUCCCCUCCUUUCUCUCCCAGAAGGUGGAUUGGAAGGACAUUUUGAUUCUCUUUCUCCCCGUUUUAUCAACUGGGAGAGAUUGAGCUGUGAAGCUUAAGCCCAUGGCGAUUUCUUCACGAUCUAUCUCUUUUUUGGGCGUCCUCUUAUUCGUUUCUUUCUUCCUUCUCAUCGGUCUCUCUUUUGCCGAUGAUGCCUCCCACGAUGAUGCUUCCCCCAAGUCUCCCGGCUGUGAUCGGCCUUACAAAUUGGUCAAGGUUGUGAACUGGGUUAAUGGUGUUGAAGGUGAAACUUUAUCUGGAUUAUCUGCAAGAUUUGGGGCUGUGUUGCCUUUGGAGGCUGAAAAAGGUCUUAGAUUGUCUGCUGUUUUCUUAAAUCCCUUAACAGGCUGUUCUAGUUCCUCGUCAAAGCUUUCUGGCUCUAUUGCAGUGUCCAUACGUGGUGAUUGUACCUACACUGCAAAAGCAGAAGUUGCACAAUCAGGAGGUGCACAAGCUCUUCUUGUGAUAAAUGACAAAGAAGCGCUUGCUGAGAUGGGUUGUGAUAAGGACAGUGGUGCCUCGAAUAUUAAAAUUCCUGUUGUGAUGAUUUCAAAGUCAGCAGGCGAAUAUCUGAAAGAGUCGAUGGUGGGUGGACAGAAAGUGGAAAUCAAACUAUAUGCACCUACUCGUCCUGUUGUGGAUUUUUCAGUGGUAUUUUUAUGGUUGAUGUCGGUUGGAACAGUGAUCAGUGCUACGCUUUGGUCAGAGUUUACUGCUACUGAAGAGAGUGAUAAGCACUAUAAUGAAUUAUCAUCAAAGGGAAAUUCUUCUGCAGUCAAAGAAGAAGAGCAAGAGCACAUUGAUAUUACUGCAAAGAGUGCUGUAGGUUUUGUCUUCACAGCAUCAACUUUUCUUGUGCUACUCUACUUUUUUAUGUCAAGUUGGUUUGUCUGGCUGCUGAUUAUACUCUUCUGCCUUGGUGGUGUUCAGGGUAUGCAUAAUUGUAUAGUAACUUUGAUUGCAAGAAGGUGCAGAGAUUGUGUGGAAAAGAAAGUAAAUUUACCUCUUCUAGGGGAAACUUCUAUUGUUUCGCUUGUUGUAUGUUGUUGUUGUCUGGCAUUUGCUAUUGUCUGGAUUGUGAAUCGGCGGACAUCAUAUUCGUGGAUUGGGCAAGAUAUUCUUGGUAUCUGCUUGAUGAUAACUGUCUUACAGGUGGCUCGAUUGCCUAAUAUUAAGGUUGCUGCUGUACUUUUAUGUUGCGCCUUUGUUUAUGACAUCUUUUGGGUCUUCCUAUCCCCAAUAAUUUUCCACCAGAGUGUUAUGAUUGCUGUGGCUCGAGGUGACAACAGUGGUGGGGAAUCCAUUCCAAUGCUUUUGAGAGUUCCUCGAUUCAGCGAUCCUUGGGGGGGUUAUAACAUGAUUGGAUUUGGAGACAUUCUUUUUCCUGGUUUGCUUGUAUCAUUUACUCGGAGAUAUGACAAAGCAAAUAAGAAGAGCGGGACCAAUGGAUAUUUUCCUUGGUUGGUAAUUGGCUAUGGAUUUGGUCUUUUCCUAACAUACUUAGGUUUAUAUCUAAUGGAUGGGCAUGGUCAACCUGCACUCCUCUAUCUUGUUCCCUGUACCCUAGGUGUAUGUGUGAUAUUCGGUCUGGUGAGAGGAGAGAUAAAAGAACUCUGGAGUUUUGAUCCAGAAUCUUCUUCAUCAUCGUCGUCAUCAUCAUCAGCUACAAGAAAUGCUCCUGGGGAUGCUUGAAGUGACUCUCUCUGAAAAGUGAAGGAAAAAAAAUGCAGAGGAAAUCACAAUUGUUGCAAAGAUUUGCAUUGGUGAAGUGGUUGGCUCCAUGUUAUUCUUGUAAUCUUAAACCUUAAUCUGUCCAUAGCUGUCUUAUUCAGGUAGAAUAGUUGGCGGUCUGCAAGUCUUGAUUUCGUUUACCUUUGGACAUUGUGCCAAAUGUAUAUUUUUUACGUUGUAGCAAAUGGGUCAAUUGUUCCCACUGAUGCCCAUGUCUAAUGUUUCUGCAACUUUGUUUUUUUGAGCA